CAUGUACAGUACAGAUACUGUGUACAUUUGAAUAUCAUUGCUGCAUUUGGUUGUGUGCAGUCGAGUUGUGUGCGGACAGAGCAAAGGAAUUUACCUUCAAAAAUGACGAAAUUCUAACAGGUCCAUUCAAAUUUCCCUUUUGACUGAUUGGAUGAUACACGAAGCGAAUAAACGUUUGCCCGUCUUCGGUUAAGCCACCCCACCCGGACUAGUUUUUUUUUUUUGGCCCAAGAGGAAGCGGAAAUUGCCAGCAACCAUGGCGAUUCUUCACUCGCCCUCCGUGGGCCUGGAGGACAUGGCCAAGCUGACGGAUCUUCAGGAUCGGAGCAUCUUGGAGAACCUUCAGCUGCGCUACAACCACGACCAGAUUUAUACGUACAUUGGUUCCAUCCUGGCAGCCCUGAACCCCUACAAGUCCCUCCCCUCGUACUACGACAAGGAUGUCAUGCUGGCCUACAACAAGCGGCACAUCGGGGAACUGCCGCCCCACAUCUACGCCAUCGCCAACGACUGCUACUACUCCAUGUGGAAGCGCAACGACAACCAGUGCGUGCUGAUCAGCGGCGAGAGCGGAGCCGGUAAAACGGAGAGCACCAAAUUCAUCCUGAACUUCUUGUCGGAGAUGAGCCAGGCCUCGUCCCAAGCCAGUGUGCCGCAGUUGUUUCCAGGCGGAGCCCGGCUACGAGUGGAGGAUGCCAUCCUGCAGAGCAGUCCUAUCAUGGAGGCAUUUGGCAAUGCCAAGACCAUAUACAACAACAACUCAAGUCGCUUCGGCAAGUUUAUCCAGCUCCAGUUCUCCAACGAGGGCAGCAUACUCGGAGGCACGAUCCAGGACUAUCUUCUUGAAAAGAAUCGUGUCGUCGGUCAGAAUCCUGGAGAGCGCAACUACCACAUUUUCUAUUGUCUACUGGCGGGCGUCUCUGAUGAUCAGAAGAAGAAGCUUUACCUGCGAGAUCCAUCCUCCUACUCCUAUCUGAACAAGAGUGGAUGCAUCUGGGAUCAAACUAUCGACGAUGAGGAAAACUUUCAGGCGGUCAUGGAAGCAUUCACGGUGAUGAAGAUCAACGAUGAGCAGAUCAAUGACAUCUUGUCCCUCCUGUCGGCCAUCUUGACCCUGGGCAACGUUCAGUUCAUCACGGCCGGUGGCGCUCAAGUGAAAGACAUGCAACCUAUACAGAUUGUGGCUUCACUGCUCAAUGUCGAUGAGUACCAGCUGUGUGACGCCCUGACCCUCAAGACGAGGCUCCUACGUGGAGAAGUGAUCAGCACACCGUUGGAGGUCGAUCAGGCUACUGAUUCAGUGGACUCCAUGGCCAUGAAUCUGUACGGCCGCUGCUUCAAGUGGAUCAUCCAGCGCAUCAACCGCUGCAUCAAAGGCAAGGAAUUCUUCCGCUCUGUCGGCGUCCUGGACAUCUUCGGCUUUGAAAACUUUGAGAUCAACCGCUUUGAGCAAUUCAACAUCAACUUCGCCAACGAGAAACUCCAGGAGUACUUCAACAAGCACAUCUUCUCGCUGGAGCAGCACGAAUACAACUCGGAAGGGCUGGAGUGGGUGGACAUCGAUUGGCAGGACAAUGGAGAGUGCUUGGACUUAGUAGAGAGGAAACUUGGCAUCCUGGCACUCAUCAGUGAAGAAAGCCGGUUCCCGAAGGGCACGGACGAAUCCAUGCUGGAAAAGCUGCACAGCAACCACGCAAAAAAUGCCUUCUACGUUAGGCCCAAGGUGGCGGACGGCCGGUUUGGGAUCCGGCACUACGCCGGCGAGGUCUACUACAACACCAAGGGGUUCCUGGAGAAGAACCGAGACACGUUCAGGGAUGACAUCCUGACACUUCUCAAGGAAAGCAGGUCGGAUUUCAUCUAUGACCUGUUUGAGACGAUGCUGCAGUCCAAGAAUCUUGGGGACGAUAAGAUGAUGCGCAAGAAACCGACCGUCAGCUCCCAGUUCCAGGAGUCGCUGCAUUCGCUGAUGUCCACACUAAAUUCCUGCAACCCAUACUUUGUACGCUGCGUGAAACCAAAUGCACAAAAGGCAUCAGCCCAGUUCGACGCCAACCUGGUGGUCAACCAGCUCCGCUACUCGGGCAUGCUGGAGACCGUCAAGAUCCGCAAGGCUGGCUUCCCCGUCCGUCGCCCCUUCCCCGACUUCAUCAAACGCUACAAGGCCUUGGUCUACAAGGAGGACCAAUCCCAGCCGGCCCGGCUCUGCGUCUCGCUGCUCUCCCGGCUGGACGACCGCAGACAGCUCUGGCAGAUGGGCAAGACCAAAGUGUUCCUGAAGGAGACUCUCGAGACGCAGCUUGAGAAGGAUCUGAACAGGGAGCUUGGGCUGCUGGCCAGCAAGAUCAAGGCGUACAUCAAGGGGUACUUGGCCAGGAAGCGAUUCAAGAGGAUCGUUGCACAGAUUGUCAUCAUACAGAAGACAAUGCGGAUGCAACACUGCCGCAGGAGGUACCUCAAAGUGCGCAGCGCGGUCAUCGUCUUCCAAAAGUACGAGCGUGCCCGCGUGGCGCGCAAGGUCUUGGAAUACCUGAAGGAGGAGAAACGGAAGGAGGAAGAGCGGCUGAGGGAAGAGCAGCGGCUGAGGGAGGAACAAGAGAGAAGAGAGCUGGAGAGACUGAAAGCCGAAGAGAAGAUGCGAGAACUUGAAGAACUGAAGAAGAAGAUCGAGGAGGAGGCGCGUCAGAGGCAGGAAGAAGAGGAAGCCCAGCGCAGACUGGAGGAAGAGCAGCGUCAGGCCGACCUGGAGAAAGUCAGGCAGCUGGAGAUUGCCAGGAAGCAAGAAGAGGAAGAAGCUAGAAGAAAGGCAGAGGAGCAGCGUCUAGCCUUGGAAGAGGAAGCCAGGAAGCUCGCCGAGGAGCAAGAGAAGCUGCGGAUCGAGGAAGAGGAACGCCGUCUCCUGGAGGAGGUUGAGAGCCACCAGCAGGAACUGGACCGGCUCCGAGCCGAGCAGCUGGAACGCGCCGAGAGACAGAUCAUGCACGAGUUCGAUCACUCCAUCGCACAGAUUGACGACUCGGAAGAGGACGAUGAGAACGCAUCUAAGAAGUCCGAUGACACUCACUACUUUGAAGGCUUCCUCCAGAUGAAGACAGGAGGAAUGGUGAACUCUUGGAAGAAGCGAUGGUUUGUGUUGAGAGACGAGACGCUCAUGUGGUUCAAGACCAAACAGGAGGCUCUCAAGUCUGGCUGGCUGAUGAAGAAAGGAGGGGGAACUGGUACCCUGUCAAGACGAAACUGGAGAAAGCGCUUCUUUGUCCUGAAAGACACUAAUUUAUCGUACUACGAGUCCGACAGCAAUAACGCCAAACUCCUGGGCAGGAUUGAUGUCAAGGCAUCCAAAAAAAUAAGUGACAGCAGCUAUGGUCGAGAAAAUUCCAUUGACGUUGAAACUGACGACAGGACGUACCACUUGGUGGCAGAGUCGGCUGAUGACUGCAGUGAGUGGUACAGCAUCCUGACUCGGGUCAAGAACUCGCAGGACUUCGAGCUGAAGCUGAUGCACGAUGAGGAGGCUAACCCCAAGAAUGCCAUCGGGUCGCUGGACGUCGCCAUCAUCGACUCGGUGGUCCCCGUCAAUAUCACCGAGAAGCCUAACUGUUUUGCCAUUAUCACAGCUGAGAGGGUCAUCAACCUUCAGGGAGAGACUCCAGUCGGCAUGAACAAUUGGCUGGCAGCUCUGACCCAGUACCACAAGGGCAAGCGCACCCACAAGCAAGAGGACAUCCUCCUGAGCGGCUGGCUGACCAAGGAGAGCGCCUCCACGGGCACCCUGGCCCGCGUCUCCACAGGCAGCCGCAAGAAGCGCUACUUUGUCCUGACCGCCAACUCGCUGGAGGUCUACCGCAGCGUGGAGCUGCAGCAGAAGAUGGGCGCUAUCGCCUUGAACAGCCUGUGCUCCGUCACGCUGCCCGACGAGAAGAUAUUCAAGGAAGAAGCCUGCCCACCGCCCGUGUCCGCCCCGAGUUCCCCGAGCCAUAAAAAGAGCCGUAAAAAGAGCCCCGUCCAAUAUAUCAGUUUUCCCACCCAAACUAGCCCCACCCACAAUGGCUCCACCCAAAGCCUCAACUUGAACUACCUCAAUUUCAAAGCCAGCACUAAUAGCCUGGUAGGAACGCUGAUCCGCAAUAAAAAGAAAAAACGCAGGGGUAGUCUGGGUAACAUCUUAUCAAAUGGUGUCAUGCCCAUUGACACGCCCAUCCAGUCCAAUGGCGACAAGGCCACGCCCCCAUCUAGCCCCGCCCAGUCCAACUCCAACACUUUGCGUAGACGUUCCAAUAGUCUUGUUUCCACGCUUAUGCGGUCUAGUAAGCGAUUAAGUAGACUAGAUCGCGAGGGAUACUGGAAGUUUGUGGUGCAUGGGCGCAACUGUUCUUUCAAUCUGUACACCGUGUCUUACGAUGAUGCCUGGAAGUGGACCUACGCCAUCCAGGACGUCAUCGACUGCAAACCCAAACUGGAGACGCCCUUCCAGAUACUCAUCAGGGAAAUAAAGGAGUCGGCGAUAGCUGGUGAUCUGACGAGCAUCGAGCGCAUCUUCCGGUUGAAUCCCAUCCUGCGCAACACGCCCCACCCACUCAAGGCCCCCCUCCUGCCUCUACCCUACGGCAUGAUCGUCAGUUCCAACCAAGAGAAGGGUUACACAACGCUCAACGACGAAUCGGUGAAGGUCUUCAACUCCCUGCUUGGCUCGGAGAAUCUCCCAGAUCCCAUGCCAGUCAUCCAGGGCAUCUUGCAGACGUGUCACGAUCUGAAGCCCCUGCGGGACGAGGUUUACUGUCAGAUCAUCAAGCAGACAACCGGGGUACCAGACCCGGACAGCCUGGGCAACCUACGCAACUGGCAGAUCCUGGCCUGUCUGUGCAGCAGCUUCCUACCCAGUAGGAACAUCCUCAGAUACACACGCUUCCACAUGAAAAGGCAAAUUGAGUUGUACCCUGACACCCAGACAGCCCGCUAUGCAGAGUUUGCCAUCGAGGCUCUGAAGAGGACCAGGUCAAGGGACUUUGCCCCCUCCAGGUCAGAGGUCAUUGCCAUCCUGGGUCGACGCGAGAUGAGCGCUACGGUUUUCUGUCAUGGAGAGGGCUCCUGCCAGAUCAACAUCAACUCGGCUACAACGGCUGGACAGGUGGUCCACACGCUGGUCAAGGGCAUGGGUUUGGAUAAGUGCCACAACCGCUUUGCCCUGUACGAGCGCAGCGGCCACGUGGAGAAGGCCAUCGAGGACCGGACAGUCAUCGCCGACGUCAUCGCCAAGUUUGAGCGCUACAAGGCCCGGGGGCUGAGUGACCGCGGCAAGCCCUGGCAGCUCUUCUUCAAGCUCUUCUGCUUCCUGGACACCAAGGAUGUGGCCCAGGGAAGCAUCGAGUACAGCUUCAUGUAUGAGGAGGCCUGUGAGGAUGUCAUUCGUGGCUUCUUCCCCACGACUCCAGAGAAGCUGGUCUACCUGGCCGCCUUGCGCACCCAGUUCAUUCGGGGAGACUACGUGCAGAACGACUGGAUACGUGACUUGAGUGAAGCCUACCCAAUCGACAAGCUCAAGAGCCAGCCAAAGAAGGAAGAGAUAGACCACGCCGGGUUCCCCAUGAAACAACGCAAAGAGAACAUCAUCUCUGGAACCCUGAGGGGCCUCGGUGAAAAGACUCUGAAGAAAUUGCAGAAGUCGGCGUCAGAUGACUCCAUCCUGGAUUCGGUGUACGCAGAUGACAUCUCAGCCACAACCACGCUGGUCAUUGAGAAGUGGAAGACCCUCAAGGGUAUGAGUCCCGAGAAAGCCCAGGAGUCCUACAUGAGCGUCAUUCAACAAUGGAAGUACUACGGAGCGCGUCUCUUCGAGGUGGAGAGCACCGACGGCCGAUUCCCGCCCAACCUGUGGCUAGCUGUCAGCGCUAGCAUGGUGGCCAUCCACAAACAGGGAGAGCCCAAUCCCAUCGAGGAGGUCACCUAUGAAAAGAUCCUGUCUUUCGGAGCGCCUAUCCCCAACGAGUACAAGAUUGUGGUGGAAGGCAGACGGCAUGAGCUCUCCUUUGAAACCAAUCAGGUCUUUGAGAUUGCCAAGUUGAUGAAGGCCUACAUCAACGAGAUCGUGAGGAAACGGCAGAGCUUGGUGAGCAUUAACAACGGCAGUAUACCGCACAAGACCAACGGCAACAUGACAGACUCGGCAGUAAAUGAAACAUAUUUUUGAUGAAACUGUAAUAAAUCUGCUUGUAAUAAAAUACUAUAACGACAAUAUUUCAAAACCCUGCAGUAUAGAAUUUGUAUAUUGAUUGAAACAUAUAUAUCGAACAUAACAAAGGCUGUACGUGAAACUUGAUGGAAACGUUCAGAUCUUUUUCAAGUUUGUUUGCUUUUAGAGUAUUAUUUUAUGUGGGAAACGGUGAAUUAAUUUUUUUAUUUGUUGGGUCGCUUCUGCGCUUCUUGAAUUUAAGAGUGUUACCAUGGUGUAGUGACAUUUAAUUUUAUUUUUAACACCCUGUAUUUUGACAUGCAUCAACGAUUGGAAAUUAUUUGCAGCAUUUUUCCCUUCGCUCAGGGAACCAUUUUUUAGUGUUGUCAUUUGUGAUGCUUAAGGAUGCAUUGUUAACUUUGUAUAAAACCGAAACCAUGUGCCAUCGUACUUAAGCAUAUGAGUGAUACGAUCCCUUUUUUUUGUUAAGACACAAUAUUUAUUAUUAAGUUUUUCACAAUGUGGUCCAAGUGUAAAAGAAGUGAUGUGGAAAUGUCUUAAAUGGAAAAGCUUUUUUUUCCUUUUACAUGUAAUUAUACUAAUCGUGUACACACGGAAUUCUUUGUAAUUUACUCCCAAAAAGAGAAAUAAUUACUAAUGAAGAAAAAUGUGAAGAAUUUGGGGAAGCGUUUUUCUAAUUAACUAAUCCACAGCAGAUAAGAUUUCAUGAUGAGAUUUUAUUAAGUUCACAUGCUGAAAUGUUUAAAAUAAUUUCUCAAGUUGUCAUUUCAGUUUUUUGACACUUUUUCAUCUUUUUUUUUAACGCCCUGCCUGCUAAGCUAGAGAGGUAUACGAUUUAUGCGUGUGUCACAAAUGUGUGUUCAUUACGAGGCUUACCGACAUUUUCUUGAUAAUGUACAGCAUUCCACCAAAUCUAAAUGGCUGUCCAGAAAAUCCAAACAAACAAGCAAACAGCAUUUUAUUAUUAAUUGGCAGGCAUUUAUUAGUGUUUAUUACUGUACAUUUUUUCAGGGUUUUUUUUUUUAGGGGGGGGGGAGCUUUCUGAAUUUUCAAGCACAUUUUAUUUUUUUGGUAAAUUUAAUUCAUUUUUGUUACCCGAGUGUACAAAUUUUCCAUUUCUAAGUCCGAUUCAGACUAAAAGUACUUGAAAAUGUAUAUUUGUACAAUGUUCUCAGUUCAUGCUUCCUCUUGCUUUCCUGGUGUCAUUGAAAAAACAAAACAAAAUUUCCAUGAUGCCUUGCAUUCUGUGUUUACUGGUGCUAUUAUGUCAGUUCUGUAUUAAACAUUUUUUCGUUUAAAAAUGCUGUAGAUCAGAGGAGAAAUCUAUUACGUCACUGCUUUGCUGUGCACAGCGGAUCAUGUUCAGUAGAGUAAUUGUAGUUCAAAAAUGAAAAAUCAUGAAGAAAAUAUUUCUAUUUUCAGUUCAAGUUUGGCAGGGUUCUAGAUGUAUUUUAAAGCCCUAUGUAAUUAGAUGUCAAUUAUCGAUGGAUAAAGUUGUUAAGCUGAAAGACUUUGGGGAAGUGAAUUUAUGUGAACAUUGUCAUAACUAGAAUUGUGCGCAAUUAUGCUGUGACAAAUAAAAUUAGAUGUGUGUACAUGCAUAAUGCACGGCAAAAAGCUGUAAAUAAUGUUAUAUUUUGCUUAUUGAUCAAAAAGAGGAUUCAUCAUUGGUUAAAGACUUCAAUCUUUUGAAUGUUUAUCUCAGGUACACAUUUUUUUUCGGGGGGGGGGGGGGGAGGCGGAUGGGGCAAGUACCAUUUUGUAGUCUUUCCUUUUUUGUAUUUAAUUUCUUUCUGUAUAGAUACUGUAUUAACCACUUGAUGCAAUAUACCAUAAGAAAUGUACUGUAACAAAAAAUGUACAAAUAUUACCUGGUUUGCUACUAAUAAAAAGAACAACUCUUUUGAAAGAAA